UGCGCAGUGGGGAGCAGUUCGUGGCUAGGUUUUGGGCUGGCUGUAGUGUCUGAAGGCGGCCAGAGCGGCUGUCUCAAAUAAGAUGAGGCUUCUGCUGCUUCUCCUGGUGGCGGCGUCGGCGGUGGUCCGCAGCGAGGCCUCUGCCAACCUAGGCGGCGUGCCCAGCAAGAGAUUAAAGAUGCAGUACGCCACGGGGCCGCUGCUCAAGUUCCAGAUUUGCGUAUCCUGAGGGUACAGGCGGGUGUUUGAGGAGUACAUGCGGGUUAUUAGCCAGCGGUAUCCAGACAUCCGCAUUGAAGGAGAGAAUUAUCUCCCUCAACCAAUUUAUAGACACAUAGCAUCUUUCCUGUCGAUCUUCAAACUAGUAUUAAUAGGCUUAAUAAUUGUUGGCAAGGAUCCUUUUGCAUUUUUCGGCAUGCAAGCUCCUAGCAUCUGGCAGUGGGGCCAAGAAAAUAAGGUUUAUGCAUGUAUGAUGGUUUUCUUCUUGAGCAACAUGAUCGAGAACCAGUGUAUGUCAACAGGUGCAUUUGAGAUAACUUUAAAUGAUGUGCCGGUGUGGUCUAAGCUGGAAUCUGGUCAUCUUCCAUCCAUGCAACAACUUGUUCAAAUUCUUGACAAUGAAAUGAAACUCAAUGUGCAUAUGGAUUCAAUCCCACAUCAUCGAUCAUAGCCCUACCUAUCAGCACUGAAAACUUUUGCACUAAGGGAUUUUUGCAAGAGCAGCGUGACUGACAAUAUGAAGGCCUGUACUGAAGACAGCAAGCUGUUAGUACAGACCGGAUGUUCUUGGCAGGCUCGUUGUACCUCUUGGAAAACCUCAGUGCAAGACAGUUUUCCAUGCUGGCACAUGCUGAAUUCUGCACAUGAAAGAGUUCAGUGAUACUGUGUAGCUUCCCCGAGCCACUGUUAAUAGUUUCUUCUUCUGGACAUAGCAUUACUACUUGUAACUCUUUUUUUGGUCAUGUUUGAGAAAGUACAGAAUUGAGUUACAGCAUAAGUUUUUUUCAAGAUGUGUGUUAAGCCUGUUGUGUUUUAUAUGAAUUUUCAUUUUUAAAAGCAUCAGUUUUCUUGGGGAAACACCCGAAAUUCCAAAAUAAUUUUUUAAGACUUUAUCAGAUAGCUCUAAUUUGGCCAUGUUUAAUAUAUAGUUUCCAAAACACUGCAGGUUGUGAACAGUAAAUUAUACAGGAUUAUGGGAGGAAAUCCAGUAUCCAGAGUACUCAACCACGUGUGUGAUCUGUGUGUGUCUGUGUGUGUGGCCUAUAGUGUAUAGUGUGUAUAUGUGUGUGUGUGUGUGUGUGUGUGUGUGAAAGAGAGAAACAGAGAGAAGAGAGGGAUUAUUAGGAACAACAAAAAACUGCUUUUAAAAUCUUACUGUGUAGUUCAGAUGUCUUGCCUUGACCAAUCUAAUGAAUUUGAUUAAUGGGCCUUUAUACUAAACUAAUAAAAAAACUGAGCAGAUGUAAGUUAAUGAAAAAGUUUACUGCUCAGUAUAUUUGUUAACAUUAAUUACCAUCUAAUUUUUUGUUUUUGACUUACAAGAAAUUUUGUAAAGGACGUAUUUGAAAAUCACACACAAGUAAUGAGCUAAUUUACUGUUUUUAGAACAGUUGAAGCCCACCUCACUAAAGGAAAAGUCAGUGAAACCUUUACAAAGUGUGUGUUAUGUAAAGGAGAUCACUUGUCUAGUAAUCGAAUUAUCUUAACAUAUAUCAGAAAUUUAUUGUAUUAGAUAAAAUUUAAAAUAUUUUAAUGUUUUCAUACUGUUCCAUAGUUCUAAAAAGAAACUUAGAGUUGGUAAAGACAAUAAGAAUGAUUUAGCAGAAGUAGAACCAUAAUGUUGAAUAGCAGUUACAUAGUAGCUGUGGUAACAGACAGGGAUUAAGUGGAAAAGCCAAAUGUUACCCUGGAUUUAUGAGUGGAAGUUAAGAGCUUAAGGCAAGGAAUGCCAUGGGUGACUCGAUGUUGAUGCCACCUGACUCUUAGAUGUUAAGAGCAGCUUGACUACUAGAUGCACAUUGAGUGCAUUCAGGCAGUGUGUCUUAGUGUGACAGCCUCAAGUGGAAUCUACUGUGAUCUUCAAAUAACAGGAAGAUAGUCUAGUAAGUAACUGAAGAAAAAUGAUGCAAUGUUACCGUCUUGAUUAGGGUUGUAGCACUGGUAGCCCAGGUUCUUCUGGUGAUAGACAUCAUAAUUUUAGCCUAAAGCUCAGUAUAUAUGUAUAUGUUGACUAGGUCUUAAAACCUUACUAAUAUGGUUGCCUACUGCUUCAGGCUCCACAUCCCACAAAGUUUAUCAUCAGAGGGGCCUUUCUUCAAGUAAUGGACAUUCCAUUUGUGACACAGUUAGCUUUAUGGCACAUAGACAUUCAGAAUUUGGGCCGUGGAUGUUCGUGUGUACUUGACAGGUCAAACUAUGAAGAAUCUAAUGUCAGAUCUCACUAUCUCCAUGUUUGCCUUAGGUUAAAUAAUUUCUCUUAGUUAAUAGCUUUUACUGGUUUAGACAUUGAGUAAAAUUCAGCUCUUUUAUCCACACUCAUCUCUGUUUUAUUUUAUGCUUAGUCAUAUUUAAAUCCAGAAUUUAAUAGUCUACUAGACAAAUAAAUGAGAUGCAUGAAUAUAAAAAUAUAUAAGGAAAAGGAGAAAGUAAACUAUUUAUAGCUAUUAUAUUACUAACAAUUCAAAAUUUAUUAGUUGCUUAUAAAUUGUAUAGUAACAAAAUGUGCUCUAUUAAUCAGAAGAUCGUGGACUUGUCAACAGGCUGGCUAAUUUUAUUGGAGUUUUCAACACAGUUGCCAAUGUGGAAGGUUUUCACAUUAAUAAAAAAGUUGGUAAAACAUGGCUUUAAACCUCUGUAAGGUGUACAGGAACACAUGCUUUCAGAACGUGAGUGGCAAUGGUUAUGGCACUAGCGUCAUCAAUAGUCGUUCAGCGUGAACAGCUGUGAAAUGUGAUGACAUCUGGCUGUGGUUCAUUCUUUAAAGGUUUGUUAGUAUGGAAGUUUGAUUGACUGGCACAUCCUAUCAUUGUCAUAACUUAAAAUAAUUCAGUUAAAUUUUUUUAAACAUGAUUUGAUAUUCUAGGGCUUUUCUUUUUUUAAAAAAUGAGAAGCAGGUAAAGAGUUGUAAAGAUUUGGGACUUCUUUGUGGCAUUGUGAAAAUAAAUAAGCCAAUGUGAAAGGAA